AGAAAAACUAUCUGAUUUGUGUUCGCCGAACACAUUUUUGCACUUUUCACCCACGCAACAGAAUAGUUAAUUCCUUCUCCUUAACUCAACAAGGACGCCUCCGCUCUUCCAUUCAUAUAACCGGCGGCAAAACAAAACGAAAGCAACAAGAUGACAUCGAAUACCGCUUUAUUGAGUGCGGCAGCACACGCGAUGCUGUCAUCCGACCUGUUGCCCAAUGUGAAUCUCUCUAAUUGGGAGAAACUGGUAACCGACGAUGAGUUUCGAGAUUUCAUGAAACUAGUGGAGAAGUACAAGAAUCCCAAUCACACGCAGGAGACGACUCUACCUAAAUGCCAUGACUAUUGCACUGGUGAAUUAUAUCAGAUGCUGCGCACCUACAAUGGCGUGCAUGGAUAUGUGGCUUUGAUGAUCUGCAUAUUCGGCACAAUUGCGAACAUCCUGAACAUAAUCGUGCUAACCAAAAAGGAUAUGGCCAAAGCACCAAUUAAUAAAAUCCUCAAAUGGCUGGCGAUAGCGGACAUGUUCGUGAUGAUCGAGUACAUACCGUUCGUUUCUUAUCAGUACAUCUACAUGAAACCAGGUGAGGAGGAUUUCAGCUAUGCCUGGGCGGUUUUCGUGCUUUUUCACAUGCACUUCACACAAAUCCUGCACACGAUAUCCAUCGGACUGACGGUGACUUUGGCAAUAUGGCGUUACGUGGCGAUAAGACAUCCACAUGGACGUUUUGCGGCCUUUCUGCUGUCACAUUGCACCGAGGCGAUAAUAUUCUCCUUCAUUGUGUCACCGAUUGUCUGCUUUCCAACACUCUUUGUGUUCAAGGUGCGCGAGAGUUAUGUGGAGGACAGCCAGGUGCCGUUGUAUCACGUCUACGCGGACGAGGACACGCAAUUGUACAGGAUCAACUUUUGGAUUCACUCGGUGAUAAUUAAAUUGUUGCCCUGCUGCAUAUUAACCGUUAUCAGCUUCAUAUUAGUACGAGUGCUAUGUGAGGCGUCUAAGCGAAAGCAAAAGCUGAAGGACUACAAUAAUCCCAAUAAAACUGGCAACGCCAACGGUGGCAGCAGCUGUGCCGGAGAAGUUCCUUUAACGGAGCAGCGGCACACACAACGUCCCCCGAAAUGUGAUCGUCGCACUGAUCGCACCACCAUGCUGCUGGUCGCCGUACUCAUACUCUUCCUGGUCACCGAAUUCCCGCAAGGCAUACUGGGUCUGCUGUCUGGUGUGUUGGAGAAAUGUUUCUUCUUCGUUUGCUAUCCACCAUUCGGUGAAAUGAUGGAUCUGCUGGCGCUCAUCAAUGCCGCCGUCGGCUUCGUACUUUACGGACUGAUGUCAAAACAAUUCCGUACAACAUUCAAAUCGUUGUUUUUCAAAAAGAAUUUCGGCAGCAUGGAGAUGACACGAUUGACGCGGGUCACCACGACGUGUGUUUGACUCCGGUGUGGAGGGUCACCUUAACUGCUUUAAAUGCUGCAAACGCUGCAAGGACUGUGUCGAUUGUUAAGCGGCUUACAACAUACAUACAGACAAACAUAUGUAUGUGGGGAUUAAAAACUAUGCGGCUUUGUCGACGACGGACUCUAA